AUGGCUUCAAGCCCGUGCGAGAGAAUCUGCUUAUUAUUGCCGUUUUACAAACGAGACGCGCCGGCCCUGAGAAUGGGAGACUCAGGUGCCUCCUUCCUGCCCCUCCGCCUCCAGAAAGCAGUUUCCCCGAAUGUAAAGGGGCAGCGUCGGGCCUCGACCGUCGCGCAGCUCCCUUCCCUCCUGUCCCCUCCCUUGCCCACCCUCGACGUUACCGGUGAGGAAACUGAGAGCCAGGCAGGGGAGGGCCGGGAGCACCGCGGCCAGUACCCCGCCGUCCGGGCCGCCGAGCCCGCCUCAGUUUCCUCGGCCGGGGCCUACCUACCUGCCUCCCUCGGGGAGGGCGGGCGGCGGCGACGGCGGCGGCGGCGGCGGCGACGGCCGGGCCUGGGCUCGCGCGCCGGCCGGCGGACUGCGGGGGGGAGGGGCGGGCGCGGAGGCGCGCGGACGGGGGGGGCGCGCGGCAGGGGGGAGGGGUCUGAGCGCGGGGACGCGGCCGAGCCUUCAACCCUCGUCCGGCCCCGGCCGCCGCCGCCGCCGCCGUCGCCGCCGCCGCCGCCGCUGCUGCUGCUGCUGCCGCUGCGGAGACAUCGAGCGAGCAGGCCGCGCAGCCGAGCGCCGAGCCGGGAGCGCCCGGCGUCCGGCCAGACAGCGCGCGCCGAGCGCCGAGCGCGUCCAGGCCCAAGCAGCAGAGCCCAGGCGCCAUGGAUGGAGCCCUCCUCAUUCCUAGCCGUCCCACAUGACAAAAAAAGAGACAAAAGGAAAAAGAUCAGUUUAACUGACCAAUUCACGGGCAGCGGACGGCGCUGGUGGGCAGCGUGGAGAAAAGUGCCGGACCCGAGGCCAAAUCUAAGAACGCUCAGCCGUGGCCUGCCUUCCGCAGAGCCCGCAGGAGCAGCGCCCGGGCCAGACCGGGAGGACGCAUCCCACGGGAGCAGAAGGAUGGGAUGGCCCUAAGAAAGCCCAGGUCCACGGAGCGAGGUACAGAGCACGUGGCUGGUGUCCCGACACCUCGGGCUGAGCCAUCUUCCUCCGCAGAACGAGGGGCUUGCACUGCUCAGUCCCUCCUAAAGCCCGUCCAGCUCUUUAAUAGAGGCGGGCCUUCUCAUCCUCUCUAAAAAGUUUUGAUGUUGGCCCCGAUCAGGUCACCAGGAGAGAGAGUAACAAAAAUCACUGUUACAGAAGGAGUCAAUGCUUAGGAUCAAAGGUGCGGUUGGUUAAGAAUCUUUUUUUUUUUUUUGCAACGGUGGCCUGAGACUUUCCCAAGCCUCUCCCAGAGGAAUUUUUUUUCUAUUUUCGAGCAUAAUCUCUGUGGUAUUGGAUACUCCAUCCAGUUGCCAUUCAGAACACUUACAUACGUGUAACAGAGCUAUUCCACGAACAUUAAGCACCCAUUCUCCCAUGAACUAGGCACUGGGCUUCACAGGCCAACAAUAAAGUAAUGCCAUCUGUCCUCAAGGAGCGAGCAUGGGGGGAGGGGGAUUAGGGAAGAGAAUAUGGCAGUAGAAAGUAACUGGCACAGAGCGCUGAGAGGACAAUAACGAUGCAAAAAUGUCACAGACCAGCUGGACAAGUAAAAGGAAAAGAGUUAAGCAGAGUAAGCAAACUAGGAUAUAUUAACAGUGUGAUUAUAUGUGGGUGUAUGCACACAUGCUAUAAAAAUAACAUUAUGCAUCACUAGCACAAUAAAUGGAAAUUUGUACAUGAAAUAACAUUCAGUGAAAAAAAAAAUCAGAAUGCAAAAUAGUAUGUACACCCUGGCCACAACCGUGUAGCAAAGGCUGUCAGUUGGAGGGAACUGUAAUGUUCAGAGAAUCUUGGAAUCUCAGAACUGCCAGAUACCUCGGAGGUCUUUUAUUCAACCCCUUAUAUGAAGCAUGAAAUGUUUCUCAUUAGGUUAAGGCUUUUGGUAUUUUUGCUCAUAGUGAAACAAACAAACAAAACCCAUGAGGUUUGUUAUGUAAUUCCAUGUUAUCUUUCAGACAGUUCUGAGCUAUGUAAUUAGUUCCAGGAUCAUUUAUUUGCUUUCAUGUUUUGACUGAUCCAGUCUAUGGAAGGCUAGCCUUUUGCAUUCUUUAAAUGUCGCAGGCUUCAAGCCUCUCUUCAAUACUCUUCAGCUCUUUUACAGGCUAGGAGUUUCCCUGCUGAAGGAAGCAAAGUUAAUUAGCUGUGGCUGACACUCUUGGAAACUUCCCACAGCCCAGUCACUCCCAUCCCCAACUUCUAUGGGCCCUUUGACCUCAUUCUUAACUAGGUAGAUACAUAAGCCUGUACCUCUUGAGAAACCCUCAAGACGGCACCUCUACACCCAAGUCAAUUGUUAAGGAAGGACAUGAAAGUUACGUGCUAGAAAAAAACAUACCCCACAAAUUGUUGGGGAAGAAAAUACAGCCUCUUGAGACCAGGUUGUCCCCAGCACUUAGCCUCAGUGACUGAUUGAAAAGGUGCUGGAGCUGGGAGGAGAUGCUUUGGUUCAAAAGAUGGGCUCUGAUUUCUAUUACCAUGGGUAAAUCACGGAACUCCUCAGGAAUUCACUUUUACUUGUAAAAUAAAGAGAGUGGAGAAGAUGGCCUCUGAAUCCCUUCCGUAUCAGUUGAGCAUUUAAUCAGUAGGGUGCUAGGAAUACAAACCGAGGCAAAGGGCAGUCCCUGCCCUCAAAGAGUUUACAGUCUAAAGGGGGAGACAAUGGGCAGACAAAUGUGCACAAAGCAAGCUACAUCCGGAAUGAAUAGGAAAUAAUUAACAGAGGGAAGGCAGUGGAAUUAGGUGGGGUUGGGAAAUGCUUCCUAUAUAAAGUGGAAUUAUAACUGGGAUUUAAGGAAGCUGGGAGAUCAGUAGCCAGAAUGGAGGGAGAGCAUUCCAGACAUGGGAGACAGCCAAAGAGACUGCCCAGAGCUUUUUACUUGGAAAAAAAAUGCCUCUGAAACCUGUCCAAGAUCUUUCUUCCUACUUACUCGAGCCUUCUUUAUGUUACAAUUCAGAGUUUGUUUAGCAAAUUCUUCAUUUGCUCUAAAAGGUUCUUUCGAGGACAGACUCCCACUUUGUCCCUCAUGACAUCAGUAACUACCAACUUUUUUUGAUGCAGGGAUCAUAAUAAGUGUCAAACCCAGAUGUGAGGAACAGAGAA